AUGGUUGGUUCUUAUAAGGAUGGCGGUGAUAUUGAACUUGAUGAUGUUGAUGAUGAGAAUAACGAGUACAAACAAACAGAAGUUAGAGAAGCGAUAUGUUUCCUAAUUGAAAUAACACCUGAUUUACUCAAACCAUCUAAUGAGAUUGUCGAUAAUGAGUCGAAACUAUAUGAAAUCCUCUCGUCGAUAAACGAUUUGAUGCAGCAUCUUAUUAAAACUUCGAGAAAUACGGGAUUUGGUUUAUAUUUCUACAAUUGUCAAGCCAACAAAGUAUUGAAACUGCAUCUUAAACCAGUUGGAUUUGUUGAAUUGUUCCAUUUAAACCCAUUGAAUUUGAAGUAUAUGAAGAGAUUGAACGAUUUGAUCCAGGAUGCUCAUGAUAAAAUCAGGCCAUUGCAAGAAAUCUUCAAGCUUGCACCUAUGGAGAAAGAUACUGAUUUAGUUUUAAUCUUGAAUAAAAUGAUUGAUGAAUUAAUGGCAAAGAAGGAAUUUAACAGAAGACGGUUGAUUUGGAUGACAACUAAUGAUAAGCCAUACGAGAAGAAGUCAACAAAGGAAGCAUUAUGGCGCGUGAUUGACGAUUAUUACGCCUAUGGGUUCUUCAUUGAACCAUUUUUUAUUAACCCAUCCCCUCACAAAGAAUUUGAUUUCCACGCGUAUAAGGAUUUAUUCAUGAAUACUAAUUUCCUCAAGAGUGGCAAAACUAAAAGUACAAGUCAAUUCGCUCAAUCUAAUCAAGAAGAAGAACUAGAUAUCGGGUUUUCUAAAGACAGUCUUGUUUUCAAAAAGCUGAUAUUGGGGAAUCAGAUAAGGGCAAACAUAAUUGGUAUAAAGAAUGUCAGACGCAUUUUGUUCACUUGUAAUUUGAUUCUAAGUGAUGGUGGUACUGUUGGAGGCAGGCUAGGGUGUACCGUAAAGGGUUAUCAGCUAUAUGGUCAUGAAAGGAUAAGAAAACGAGAAUUACUUUUAUAUCCUAGGACAUCAACUAUGGAAAGAGUUUACACGGAGACAAAAUUGGUUAGAGAUGGUACAAGUGGGGAGCUUGAACCUAUUGAGUUUAAACGUGACUUGGGGAUGUCCAUGGCGGAUAAAAAGGAAGAUGCUGGAAUUAGGAAAGGGUAUCCAUUAGGUGCAGGGCAGGAUAUUCUAUUAUUGAAUAAGGAACAAAUGGGAUUUUUAAGGAAUUACACUUUUGAUCAUAAGAUGGAGGAUACCGAACGUGAGCAGGAGGAAGAGGAGGAAGAGGAGGAAGAAGAUAGUGAGAAGGAAGGGGGGAAGAAUAGUAUAUCCCUGUAUUUCUCCCAAGUUCCAUACCUCCAACUAAUAGGAUUCCGAGACUUGAGACAUUUCAACCCGACUUAUUCUUGUGGCGCUGCAAGUUUUCUUACUGUUGACAUCACCGGUGUCUCAAAUAGUACCAUUAAGGGAACUUUUACCAAUUCCUUCACGACAUUUGCAUCACUUUAUCGCUCAUGUUUGAAAUUGCAGAAAUACAUUAUAGUAUUUGGAUGUAUUCGAGAAAAUUCACGACCACAUCUAUAUGCGAUGUAUCCGACUCAAGUAGGUAUGUCUACAAAGUAUUCGAAUGAAGACGAUUCGGAAAAUAACAGCAAUUUUCCCCAAGGCUUUUUGCUCAUCCGAUUACCCUGGAUUGAAGAUGUACGAGCAUUACCUGCCGAUUACAUAAGAAAUGUACAACUGAAUCAAGAGCCAAGCACUAUGGUUGAUUCUGGUUUGGUUAAGUUGAUGAGGGAACUUGUGGAAACCCACAAGGUGCCAUAUUACAACCCACGAGAAUAUCCUAAUCCUUCAUUAAACUAUUUCUUCGACGUUAUUAAGCAUCAAUUACUUGAGAUUCCCUACCCACCAACCGAGAGAUCACUAACGAAACACGACAUAACUAUACAAAAAUUAGCCUAUUUGAAGGACAAUUUAUCCAAUAAAUCAUUACAAUUAAUAAGUGAUAUUAAUCGAGAAAUCCGGGUUUUGACUGAACGUGCCGCCAAGAGAGAAUUGGAAGAGGAUAAUGCCAUUGACGUAGCUGCCAUGAGUGCCUUAGCGAAGAAACCCAAGUUUGUGGUUGAGUUGAGCGACCAGGAUAUACUUGUUGCAUGGCGGAAUUCAAGCUUGGAUAGAUUUACCAUGGAUCAGUUAAAACUGUUUAGGAAAAGGUAUCCUGAAAUCAAUAGUGCUGUCAGGAAGCGAGAGAUGAUUGAUAAUAUCUGUACGUUUUUAGAGGCCAACAUGGGGAGAAGGGGACACACAGAUUGA